AUGGGUCGAUCUCCAUGUUGUGACAAAGUUGGUUUGAAGAAAGGGCCAUGGACACCUGAAGAAGAUCAGAAACUUCUUGCUCAUAUCGAAGAACAUGGCCAUGGAAGCUGGCGAGCUUUGCCUGCAAAAGCUGGGCUUCAGAGAUGCGGGAAGAGUUGCAGAUUGAGGUGGACUAAUUAUUUGAGACCUGAUAUUAAAAGAGGGAAGUUCAGUUUACAAGAAGAACAGACCAUCAUUCAACUCCAUGCCCUCCUAGGAAACAGAUGGUCGGCUAUAGCCACGCAUUUGCCCAAAAGAACAGAUAAUGAAAUCAAGAAUUACUGGAAUACACAUCUGAAGAAAAGAUUGGACAAAAUGGGGAUUGACCCGGUGACCCACAAGCCGAAAAAUGAUGCUCUUAAGUUGAGCGAUGGUCAGUCAAAAAAUGCAGCAAAUCUUAGCCAUAUGGCUCAAUGGGAGAGUGCCCGUCUAGAGGCCGAGGCACGACUUGUUAGACAAUCCAAGUUACGUUCAAAUACUUUCACGAAUCCUCUCAAUUCGCCUGAAUUUAGCUCGAGUACUUCAAGCCCGAUGAAAAAUCCUGUCGGUCUCCCUGGCCCGGCUCGGUGUCUCGACAUACUUAAGGCAUGGAAUGUUGGCGGUGCUAUGGUGGGACUUGGUGGUGAACUUGAAUCCCCCACCUCUACACUUAGCUAUUCGGAGAAUGCACCGCCUAUGUCCACCGCCGGAAUUGGAGAGAACUCGACUGCAUUCGUCGACUUUGUGGGCAACUCCUCCGGGUCCUCUGAGGCCGGAAUCAUGAAAGAAGAGGGCAAAGAAGACUGGAAGGGUUUCGAGAACUCAUCCAAUUUGCCCGAAUACAGAGAUGGGAUUGCGAAUUCAGUGUCAUUUACCUCAGGAAUCCAUGACAUUUCAUUGCCAGUCGAAAAUGCAUGGGAAUCAGAAUCUCUUAGGGUAAAUUCUGAGCAUGUUCCAAGUGGAAACUUUGUGCAGAGAUUCACAGACCUUCUCUUAAGUACUGCAGGUGCAGAUCGCAGUUUCUCCGGAGAUGGCGGCAGUUUAUCCGGCGAUGGUGGUGGAGAGUGGGAUAACGGUUGCGGCCCUAGUGGUAGUGGUAAUGACAAGAAUUAUUGGAAUAGUAUUCUCAAUUUGGUGAAUUCUUCAAAUUCUGAUUCACCGUUGUUUUGA